AUGUUCUUGAUUGCAGUUCAAUAUUUUCAUUUAGAAAAAAGAAUUCAAAACAGAAUUAUUGACUUUUAUAAAGAUCCAAAUGAAAAUUCUGAGGCAAUUGCUACAAGAUUAUUGAAUUGUCUUCAAGAAUAUAAACUUGGUUUAUCAAAUUUAAGUUCUAUUUCUGCAGAUAAUGCAUCUGUUAAUUACGACAAGAAUAAAUCUGUAUACAAAAAGUUGACCGACCUUAAUCUGCGAAUUUUGAAAACAAGGGAACCAGCUCCUACUCAGCCAUCUUAUAGCAUCAUUUUAAAAUCCGGCAUAAACGUCAAUAUCUCUACUAAAACUAAACAACCGCAUGUUUUUUCUAACAACGUCCUCCUGGUGUAUAGUAAGGACGAGAAAAGCAACAGCGAUAAUCUAUGUAAGCUACUGCAGAAAGAGAUCAAACCAUCAGUACUAAAAAUCGGAGUGAACAAGAUCAGGAAAAUCGCUGGCAGAGGUGUUGCCGUAGACCUGGAAAAGAAGGAAGACAUAGCUAACCUGGAGAACUGUAUCAAAGAAAAAUUACCAGAUGUUACCACCCGGCUUCCAAAGAAAAGGAAACCGCAUGUGAUACUGUACUCCGUAUCCAAUUUCGAAACACAAGAUAGUCUAACACAUUGCAUAUACAACCAGAACGACCUUAUAAACGAAACAUUCUCUGAGGAAGAAUUCAACAACCAGUUUUGUGUCAAAUUUGCCACAGGGAAGAAAGAUGCCCAAUACAAAAAUCGUGUUAUAGAAGUGUCACCAAAGCUUCGUAAGUGUCUACUCAUGAUAGGAAAGAUUAACAUUGAAUGGUCCCGCUGCAGAGUGGGAGACUUUUGCCCAGUUCUGCAGUGCUUCCGCUGUUGUGGCUAUGGACACUCUUCCAAAGAGUGUUCCCAAACGAAGAAUACAUGCAGUCACUGCAAUCAGGAACACACAUUUAAGGAGUGCCCUAAUAAAAACCAGUAG